AUGGUUUCCCCCGCGCGCACCGAGCCGCCCUUCUCCCUGGAGCGCCUCCCUGAUGACGUUCUCGCGCUCGUCCUCCGCUCGCUCGCGCAGACCUCCUUCCGCCACGCGCUCGUUUCCAAGCGCUGGCUCCGCCUUUCCACGGCCGCGCUCUCCCAUUUGACCGUGCAGCAUCGCGGCUUUAAGACCUUCCUUUUGGAGAUACACAAUCCAGAGCACUUCCGCAACGCGCAGCUUGCGUGGCUUCCGCUCCCGCACCUUCUUUCCGCGCUCCACCGCUUCCCCGCCCUCACGCACGUGUCGCUGGGCCAAUUUUCCAUCUUAUCCGCCGACGGCGACGCGCUCUUCAAAUGUCUGGCCGCCACGUGUCCGCGCCUGCUCCAUCUAACGGUGGAGCAUCAGUUUGAAAUGUCGGUUACUGUAGACGGCCUCGCGUCGCUCUUCCGUGGUUGCCGCAAGCUAAGGGAUCUCCGGCUACUCACCACCAACGGCCUCCCGCAUCUCCCGGCGUCUCUCUCGCUCCUAACAGAUCUCCAAACCCUCCACGUGUGCUCGAAUAUUCACCAUGGCGAAGACUCGUUACAGGAGCUCGUUUCGCCGCCCGAGAGCAUCGGCGCGCUGCAGCAGCUGCGGGAAUUGCGGAUCAGCGCGGGAGCGAAUUUCCGCGGUCUCGAUGGGUGCGUGGGCCUUCUUAGCAACCUCCGCACGCUGAGCAUCAAAUCUACACCAAAUAUCACCGAGCAACACCCGGGGCUAGUAUCCCUCACCGAGUUAAAAGUUUCCUACUGCCCGCUCAUCUCUUCCCUCCCAGAAAACUUCUCCUUCCCUGCCCUUCACACGCUCACCCUAUACUCCCUGGGCAACCUGGAAAAUCUCCUGGACCUAUCAGGCAAGCAGCUGCCCAAACUGCAACAUCUGGAUUUGGAGGGGGUGGGGGCCGAUUCAGCCUUGUCUCCGGUUGACUGCAUUCCCGGAGUGCGGAAGGGGAGAAUGUGGCUGCUGCUGCAUGCCAAGCCUCUGUUUCUGCUUCUGAAGCUGCUGGAUUUAGUGCUGCAGCUGGUCUUGUUGUGGAUAGUGAAUGGCUGUUGGGUGCUGCAGGGAGUCUGCACUUGGUCGGCUGGCCUUGCUCGGCGAUCGUGCAGGUUCGCGUCCGGGGAGGUGGAAGAGAGCAACCCGCUUGUUACCGGGUGCCUGCAUGUGGUUGGCGGGUCUUGCACGACUAUCUUUGAGCCGUCUCAAAAGAGUGCUGCAGCCGGUGCUGUUGUGGAUAUUGAAUGGCUGUUCAGUGCUGCAGGGGGUCUGCAAGUGGUCGGCUGGCCUUGCUCGGCGAUCGUGCAGGGUAGCAUUCAAGAGGUAGCAACCCUCUUGUUGCGACGCGUGACUCGGUAUGAUGCGGGCGGUGGAUUUACUGCUGCUGCUGCAGCUGGCAUUGCUGUGGAUAUGGAGGGGCUGUUCAGUGCCUCUGCAUGA